AUGAGCAUAUCAGGUGAUAACAAUUUUUUUCAAUAUUUUUAUUCAUUACUUUGGUUUAGGCUUCAUAAAAAAGCUAAAAGUAAGAGAAUGGGUGAACAUAGGGUUUUUCUUCGUGUCUUUGUCCAUGCUCAUCGCCGGUUCUGUCAUGUUAGCUAUAGCAAUUGCAAGUAUUCCGCCAAUGCGUAAGAUUUCUGAGAGUAAACGGCAAAUCAUAUGGCUUGCAGCUCCAUAUUAUGAUAUCCCAACGACAACUCCUGCUCCAGUUCUUCAACCAAAUGUUUUUUUCACAUCAUCUCUUGCAAAUGGUGUUGCUUGGACUAAUGACUUACAGAGACCUUCGAGUGAUGCUUUUAAAACUUUGGCUUCUGCGCUGAAAACGAACGUAGACACUUUGCUGAUAAAAUUUUUUAAAGUUUUUGUGAACGUUCAGGUUUCAAAUGCAUGGUUGCAAAAACCAAACAGCCGCGUUCAAUUUUCUACUGUACCUUCACCGGUUAUCACGCAGAUCAACGCGUUCUCGUGAGUAUCUUUCGCAAAUAAAAACAGUCAAUAGUGAUUUCAGGCAGGGACAAAACGGAGUGAACUUUUACAUGGAGUUGGUCUUCACUGAUUCAUCAGUCACUAGUUCUGAGGUGGUUGAUUCUUUGACCGCGGAAGGAUACUUGACAAAUGCUUUCAGUUAAUUUAAAUUAAUAUAUAAAUCAUUCUCUAAAUUUUCUUUCAGCAAGUUCCACUUCCCAAUGCACUGAUUUGGUUCCACCAACUCAACAAAGUACACAAUCUCCAGCAAGCCCUCCAACUGUUCCACCUGUGACAGUAACACCAAAUCCAAGAGCCUAUUGCGAUGUUACAGCAAAACUACUGACAAACGUCUUUUUGGUUGAUGUUUCGGAUCCAAUUACAGGAAAUCUCGACAAUAAAUUGGCUCAAGUCACUGCAGUUGGGAACAUUCUAAUGCAAAAAUUGCUCUUGCAGAUCUCGACGUUUCUCAUAAAUGCCCCCUCCUUGGUUAACUUGAACCAAAACUCCAACUGGAAUAACCAAGAGUUCAAACUUGUCAUCUACGGUGGAAAUGAACCGUAUGUUGAGUGCAUUAACAUAACAAAGUUUUAUUUAAUACAGGUCUCCAUUGGGCCAAGCACGAAACCAGAAAUCAUGGAACCAAAUUGUUAGCUAUCUUAACUCUUCAAUUGUGAAUCCAUUGAAAGCUGACGGACAUGAGCUGACUGAGUAAAUUUAUAAAAUUUAUUUAUAUUUUAAUGUAUUUCUCGGUUUUUCAGUGCUCUUCGAUUUGUUGUCAACAACUAUAGGCCAGUACAAGGAGUGGCUGGAAAUAUUAUUGUGAUUGCAGACGGAUUGUGAGCGUUUUUUUUUACUUUGUUUCUAGCAAAUAUGAAAAACACGUUCAGUGAUUUUGAUGAAAUUUCAUCUGCAACAACAAUUGCUACAGUUUUGAAACAACAAUUUUCAUACUCCCUUGGGUUCCUGUUAAUGUCAACUUCUGAAGUACAACAAAACGUUAUUGAAGCCCUCGCAACAGAUUUCUCACAUUUUUAUCAAAUGAGUGAUGUCGGAUACUUGAACAAUCCAUCUGUCUUGCGAACUCAAGCCCAAUGGACAUGUGAAGCUUAUUAUCCAACUGCAGCACCUCCAACUGCCCCGCCUACAAGAAUUCCUCUUAUUACAACGGCGUCAACUACUGUCAAUCCAGCGGCAAAAACUACAGUAAACCCUCUUUUGCCUCCUAUUUCUGCUUGCAAUCUCAACGUGUUGUAUUUGAUAGAUCAAUCGCAAACAAUGAUUCUCAAUGGUUACAGGGUAUAACCAUUUGCCGAAAAUAGAAACACUAAAAACUAAUCUAAAUUUCAGGUUGCAAUUCAGUACGUAAUCAAAUCAGCGACAUCAUUGACUAACUUGAACUCGCAAUCAACUUUUGCAUUUAUUAUUUUUAAUCAACAAAUUGUCGCCGAAUCCGUAUAUCGCUCAUUCAGAAAAAUAACUUUAAAUUAUUUUGUAUUCAGAAUGCUUACACUGAUCUGAACACUUUCAUUGCAUUAAUCAACAGUGCACCCCAAAGUCUCGGAAGUUCUGAUUCAGUCGUGUAUGUUUAUCUUCUCAUCAAUUCAAAAAUCAAGCACAGACUGUGUUUGCAGCGGACUCGGAGAAGCUCUUAAGUUCAUCCAGAACAAAUCACAGUACAAUAAUGAGUCAUAUAGGUCGAUACUGUAUUACAUAACCGAUGGGUACUUUGAACCUGCUGAAGAUUAAUGAUUGUGGGAUUUUUACAGAAACGAAAACAGUGGAUCAAUUUCAAGCGCUGUUAACACGACAAAAACGAUACGAGCGCAAUUGCAAACCGAAGUUGUUGGAAUUGGUAAAAAAAAAACAAUUAUAAAAUUUUCAAAGAAAACCUAUCAUUGAACAGAUCUGGUGGAAACUGCGACAAGCAAACGAAAUGUUCAACAAGUGAUUCAGUAUGGAGUUUUUGAUGGAUACACUCAGUCAGUUUAUGUUGGAGUAAAUCAGCCGAGUGAUGCUCUGAACGAUGCUCUUAUAAACUCUACUAAUUACUUGUUGAAAUGCAAAGGUAGCCACUUGUUUUAUUGUUUUCUCUGUCUAAGAGCCACCCAAUUCAGCCUCCUCCAACUGUUACACUGGCCUCACAUUUGUGAUCGAAACCUCCGAAGCAGAAGGCGCCAAUUACUUGGAUGUCGUGAGUCGCUUCUUGUGUAUUCUAUUUUCAGUUUGUUUUACAGCAAAUACGGACUGUUUUGAACAUUUUAACUAACUACGCACAGCUGAUUUCACCGUUCAAAAUGUCGGUUUCUGUAGUUUACUUUUCUUCACCAGAUAAUCUGGUACCAAACCAAGAUGGCCAAAGCGGAAAUCUGUUUGAUCAUGUGACGGACAGCACAACAGCAAUCAACACUUUGAACAAUACAAAUUUCAGUCCUCUUGGCGCCGCUUCUGAUCUAGAACUGUGAGUUUGGAAGAACUCAAUAAUAAUCGUUUUACCAUUUCUAGAGGUUUCACCAUAACAGCUGACACAAUCAGAAAAGGAAUCAUUGAAAACAAGAAUCUGGUUAUUUUUUUUGCUCGCGGUGCCUAUGAACAGCUCUCCAAUUGUUGCCCAAAUCCAAGCGCUGCUGCAGCUGAAGUAAGACAGCUUGCAACUGUGCAAGGUGUUGUCAUUGGGUAUAUUAACGUAAAACUAGAAAAAACAAGGAAAAAGAAACUAUCAGACCGUACUCAUCAAAAACCCAACUUGAUGCCCUUACUGGAUCAAACUCCGUAGAUGCAAAUUCUAUCAUCGGAAACAGUUCCUUGAGCGUGAUUACACUCUUUUAAUAUAUUCUGCUCACAAUUAUUCAUUUUCAGUCUACUCAAGAUCGCGCUUUGGUUGCACAACAAAUUUCUAGCCCACUCAUCCAAAUAAUUGAUGAUUUCUUAGCAAAACAAUACUGCCCCGAUGUCCCUCCGUACGGUAUGUCUAGAUUUUACUCAGUAAGAUGAAGAAAGGCAAUUUUAUUUCAGUCAACCCACCAUGCGAAGAUCCUAUUGAUGUUCUUAUUCUUCUACACGCAGAUGACAAAAACAAUUGGAACCUGAUCUUGAACUUCACAGCCUCACAGCUGAUUCCAGAUCUUUUGGGCUCAACAGGAUCAGUCACAUCUAAAACUCUCACUACUUCCACCCCUAUCAAUUUUGCCAUUGCCUCUUAUUACUACCUUGACGUUUUGACACACGCUGAUUUCACGUAUUUGCUGAGUCCUACCGAGUAUGCCAACUUAAUAGGUUCAAUUCCUUUCACGGCAACCAAGGGAACAGCCACUUUGUCAACGUAAGCGCAUGUUAAAAACUUUAAAAAAUAUAUGUUUUUGUUUUACAGAGCAUAUAAAAAUGCCAUUGAACUUUUUGAAGAUGGAAGACCAUACGCCAGCAAAAACUUGAUUAUCAUCACCGAUACUAUGGAGUUUGCUCAUGCAUUAAACUAAUUUUUCACUAAAUCGUAGUUAUUUUUAGUAUAAGUGAUAUGGAAAACGCCUUCUCGGAACAUGACUCAAUGGUACAAUUAGUUGGAGGAUAUACGUCUGCUUUGACAAUCAACACAAACACAAUUCCGGGAGCAGAUUAUCAAAUUAACGUUGAUGCAGCACAGGCAACAUUAGAAAGAAAUAUUUUCAGCGUGUAACUUUUCUAAUUCAGAUUGAUAGUCAAAAUAUUUACUCGCUCAGACAACUUGCCAACGCGCUGACUAAAAAUACGUGUAUCUACAAACCGGUACAAAGUACAUAUUUUAAUUAAAUUACAGAUAAAAAUUGAAAUUAUCUUAUUUUAGUCCCAACUCAGGAACCAGUUACCGUUGUUCCUACACUUCCAGGUCCUGUUCCAGUGGUAAAAGCACGAAAUGUCUGGCCUGAUCUCACAAUUCUCAUUGAUACUUCCAACAAUGCUAAGAAUCCAAUGGAUGAUAUCUCAUUUGAAAAGGUGACGCAAACUCGAAAAAUGUUUCAACUAAAUUUUCAGAUUCGAUCGUUCCUAAACAUUCUGUUAGGACAGUAUUCUGUGGGAAAAAAGGGUUCACGAUUCACUAUUGCUACCUAUGAUGGAGAAACUGUGGAAUACUCGUGUAAAUUUGUGGAGGUAGGAAUUGUUCACAAAGAAAGCACAAAAUCCAAACCGUAUACUGAUUUAGAUAGUCAAUUACUAUGAUUUAAGUUCCUGCCAAAAUGAAAGGCUAUCGAUAUAUUCACGAAAUCACAAGGACUAUCGAAAUAUGGCUCAGUAAGUACACACAACACAAUAACUUUAAAAAUGCCAUGUUUUAGAGUACUCACGGACGUUCGUCGAAACAUCUACGAAAAUUCAACUUCCGGAUACAGAUCUUUAAAUGAAAAUUUUGUCAUUUUGUUCACAUUGGGACAGUGAGCAAUACGUUACAAUUUUGAGACGGCAUAAAAUUCAGGUCGUCUGAUACUGCAACUGACGAUCUUGUGAACAUUCAACGCAAAGGCAUCAGGACAAUUUCAAUUGGAUUAUCAAACAGCAUGACGAACACCGACCUUUCUUUGUUCUCACAAACUGCAUACAUGGUCCCAGAUUGGAACUCGAUUUAUAGUGGUAUUGACACAAAUUAUAAUCUUGCCGAUUUGAUUUUCCAAGCAACCACAAAAAGAAGUAAUGUUUUGGUUGACUAUCAAAACAAUCGAAUAAUGAUUAUAGGAACUCCAUCCACAUCAAACUUCUUUGGAAAUUUGGUAUUCGUUGUUGACCAGUCAGCAAACAGUUACUCGGAUCAUAGCAACGUUGUUCAGUAUGUUACCAAAUCAGUAUCCUCUUUCUUGGUACAAUCUUCAAAGUGAGCAUUAACUAAAAUUGCAACCUAAUCAAAGAAUAUAUUCAAGAACACAAGUGAGCAUUGUUCCUUUUGCUGAUUCGGUCCAGAAUGUGCUGUCUUUGUCGUCUUCACAAUCGGUAAGUAUGAGUAUAAAGUGAAACUUAAAAUGAAAAUAAUUUUUUAGUAAAAGUUUUAUUUUUCCAUUUCCACAAACAUUUUUUACGUUUCCUUACAAAGUAUGUUUCAGGAAGUCGACCAGUACUUGAGGUCUUGGAGUCUGAGCUCAACUUCCUCGUCAUCCGUAGCCAAUGUUGGUAAUGCUAUUCAGUAUGUUUCCAAUAUGCUCGGAGACUCAUCGGACAAAGCUUCUUAUGUCAUUUUCGUUGUUGGUGCUUCAAAGUAUGUUUCAGAAAAUCUAUCGGCAUGUUACCUCUUUUUUUAAAUUUCAGUCUUACUGGAACUGAUCUUUCUACUCAACUUUUAAAACAACAAAAUUUGUACGUGAUCAAUUACAAUGUCACGAAAAAGGACAACUUCAAAAAUUUGGUGCUUUCUGAUGACCACAUUUUUUCGUAAGUCCGAUUUCUUUUCCCUGAGUAAAACUCCUUUGUUUUAGAGUUUUGAACAGCCAAGAACUCUUGAACCGCGUUUUCCCCUUGGAUGUUACAGUGAAAAAUCCAGUUCUACAGUUGAACGACGAUAUCUAUCGAAGUACUGAGAUUGUGCAGCAAGGCUAUUGAUUAAAAAAAAAACAAUUUCAGCGCAACAAACAUUUGAUGCUAACAAGUUCCCUACAACUUCCAUCGCUGCAGAUAUUGUUUUACUGGUUGAUGAAACUGGUCUUACUGACGAUGAUUUCUCCCGAAUGAAAAAUUUCUUGGUGGACUUCACUCAGCAGUUUGAUAUUGGUCCAGAGUCGACCCAGUUUGCCCUUCAAGCUUACAACGGUAGAACUAUUCCAAACGUAAAACUGAACGUUUCUGAAAAUUCUGAAAGUGUUGAAUUGUUUUCAGGACGGUUUCCAUUUGUUCGAAUCUACGAGUAGCAGCAUUGUACAACAAAGAAUUCAACAGUUAAAAUUGGCGAAAGCCACUGAAAAUUCAACAGAUGCGGAUUUAGCAGGAGCCAUCGAGCAAGAACUAUUUUUCUUCCUUCUAGAUUCAAACGGAUGGAGAGAAGAUAUUACAACUUACACAAUUAUUUUUUCACAUGCUGAUAUGUUCUAUAACCGCGAUACGAGCACUGCAUUAAAUGUAAAAAACUCGUCAACAGUGAGUCAACACGCGCUUUAUCAUGCGAGGUAUGUGUGAUCUAGGUUUUUGCACUUGGUCUGAAUGGUCAAAAGUUUGACUAUGUUUGGAAUUUCACUAACAGCGGUUUCUACGAGAUUGUUUCCGAUGUUUCUACCCUCACCAUGAACUCAUCAGCGGUUGUUGAUCUUCUAACAACUCUUGACAAUGGUUAGCUAUUAUAAAAACUACGUCGUCUGAAAUAACAAGCUCACAGAUUACAUGGAAGUUAUCUACCCGUCCGUGUUCCCAAUCAAAAGCAUUGUGAAGGCUGAUUUUAUUUUUUUGAUUGAUAACGAAUUAGAGAGCAGUUAUAAUCAGCAGGUCCAACAAUUUUUGAGAGAUUUUAUGGAAAGCGUUGGCACAUUCUCAACCAGUGGAAAUGACACGAGACUUGCAGUUGUCAGCUACGGAAAUUCUGUAGGUUCAAUUUUUCCAGCCUUUUCUGAAGUUUUUCAAGGUUUCCAUAAACUGGAAUUUGAAUGAUCGUCAAGAUGUGGAAUCGCUCAGAGAUGAUAUUAAUAACUUCCAAAUCUUGCCAUCUUCCGGAUCAAGCAAUCUCAGACGGUAUUUCGCGGUAGCUAACAACAUGUUGAGUUUUUUACAGAGCAAUUGAUGCGGUAAUCUUGAAUGAAGUGGAGUUUGGAGUAAAUUCUAGCCGACCAAGCUACAUUAUUGUAAUAGCAUCUUCGUCAACAAUAUCUCCAAAAAUAGAUGUUUCCACUUCUAGACAUCUGAAUUCUAGAUACUCAACUUAUGUCAUCCAAACCAAUUCAGACAACUCCACAUUUUCCUUUGCUCCUCAAGUGAUAAUUGUGUUCUACUUUACAAUUAUUCGUGUUUCUUUCAGGUUCUUGGCACACAACUCACGUCGGACCGAGUGGCUAUCAAUCCAUCUUUACAGUUGUCAAAUGACCGAAUGAAAACUUUUUUGCCUUGGAUUUCUGAUGGUAUUUGUUUGAAGGUUUAGUGUGCUUCUAAAUUGAAACAACAUUUCAGAAUACACUGCCUGGAAAACAACAUUUCCCGACAAAUAG